GUACACACCACAUGCAUGUUCAACCUAUUACUUAUCUUGAGAAUAUAUUAGAUGAUUUACUAUGUUCAAUCAAGUUAUGAGCAUAGCGAUAUCUCAACUGUUCUAUUUUAGUGCACAUGUAUUCUUCACGAGCAUAGCCAAAGAGUGCCCAGUGGAUAAACACUACAAUCCAACGAUACAAAACUGCACAGAUUGCCCUUCGGGUUACUAUGGAUCAAAUUGCUGGUAUUCUUGUCGUUAUCCUGGCUAUGGUGUAGAGUGUCAGAAAGAAUGUCAUUGUCCAAAAAAAGCAUGCAAUCACGUCAUUGGAUGUUUAGACUAUGCGUUAGAUGAUAAAGAAAGAGGAAGAGAAAAAAGGGAUACAUUGUUAAUAAAAAUGUUUUAA